AUGAGGGACUCCGCGAACAACGAGGCGGACGGCGGACUGACGGGCGAAGAGGUGUCCCUCACGUCGCUCGGCGCAAGAACGACGAUGCCGAUGACUGAGCAGAGGGAGGAAGGACCCCAAGUCUGCUCUGUCACCCCUCUUGGAGAUGGGGAGUCUCUGGGACCAGGGCCGUCGAUUCCCGUGAACGCACAACGGGAUAAGAGUAGUUUCCAAGCCUACUCGGGUGCGAACUCGGCUCGACGUGAGACGUCUCCGGGACAAUAUGAAAACCAUGUCAUGAACACUUACCUUGUUGUAGAGGAAUCGAAAGGACGCCCACAGGCUUACUCAGUCAUCAGUUCUGGUAGGGGACCAUCCCGAGGGAUACCGGGCCUGACAAGCGAGCAAAAUGGGAAGGACAGUUCCCAGGUCUACCCCCCGGGUUAUUCUGUUACCGAUUCUGGCGUAGGAACGCCCAUCAACCCGGGAACAUCGAUCACCAUGAAUGAACAAAGGGAAAAGGAAAUCCCGCGAGCUGCCAUCAGCCAGGGUCAGAGAGAGGCACGUGCUGAGCAGGCCAAGGAUCGUUCUGAUGACCCUUCCACCCUGUUUCAUGUGAUAAAAAAGUUAAACGCUAUCCAGAGAGGACUCACCAAAAAGAGAAACUGUAAAGGCUUUACCUCGGAGUUCUCAAGUGACGACAGCGACACCGAGAAACGAAAGUCACGGCGACGAAGAUACGCUACCUCAGAUUCUUCGAACGACACCGACAGUUACUCAGGUAUAGAACCGGAAUCAUCGAGUAGUAGCGAUGACGAGGGGAGAAAACAUAAGCGAUCACGAAGACACAGAACUAAUAAGACUUCAAGCAACAAUAUGCGCCUGUCAAAGGAACGAAAUCGCAAGUCCAAGAGCCGUUCCAAGUCGAUGCAACCAUCCGAAGAGAUCGACAAGAAAACACUCUUGGAGAUGUUCAGAAUGAUGCAAGUAAAACUUCCCAAGCUAACCGGUGAUAGUCCUGAGGAGUACUGUUCCUUCAGAGAUACUUAA